ACCUUUGGAGCUAAAUGUGCGAAGUGUUGUAGGAAUAUUGCGCCGACUGAUUGGGUGAGACGAGCAAAAGAUCAAGUGUUUCACCUCGCAUGUUUCUCGUGUGACCAAUGUGGACGACAGUUAUCAACCGGCGAACAAUUUGCAAUGAUUGAUGAACAAGUUUUAUGCAGAAGUCACUAUUACGAGCUUGAUGGUUCAACGACGUCUAGUGAUGAUGGUUAUGACUGUGAUGGUUUUAAUAAGAAUAAAUCGAAACGCAUCAGAACGACCUUCACAGAAGAACAAUUACAAAUCCUACAAGCAAAUUUCCAAAUUGAUAGCAAUCCCGAUGGUCAAGAUCUUGAGAGAAUCGCCAACAUGACUGGAUUAAGCAAGAGAGUUACACAAGUCUGGUUUCAGAAUUGUCGAGCACGACAAAAGAAACAUAAAAAUCCGCGUGAUUGCGACAGAUCGCCAGUUCAAACACUUCUUCCAAUCGUACCACCAGAUAUUUGCAUGGCAACUUCUAUAACAGCAGCAGCGUGA